AGGAGGAGGAGGAGGAGGAGGAGGAGGAAACACCUGCGUGCGUGUUUCGGAUGCAUGCAUGCCGCCAGACGUCUUGACGAAUCCAAGCAGCAGCAGCAGCAGCAGCAGCAGAAGGAGAAGAAGGAGCUUGGCAUCCACACUUUCAUCCUUCCUUCCUUCCAUCCUCGUUCGACGACGCCACACGGGCCGCGCAUCCUCCUCCUCCUCCUCCUCCUCCUCAUCGUCACGGUGGACGAUGGAACCACGACGUCCUCCUCCUCUUCCUCCGUCUUCAUCAUCAGAGCGCGUUGCCAUGGCGGCGCUGCCGCUCUUCCUCCUCUGGGUUGUCGCGGCCGCGCCCGCGCCCGCGACCGCGUCCUGUCCGGCGAGCUGCCGGUGUUACAGCCUGACGGUGGAGUGCGGGUCCACCGGCCUCCUCGCCUUACCCGAGCACGUGCCCGCGCCCACACAGACGCUGUUCCUGCAGGACAACGUGAUCGGUCAGAUCCGCCGGCAGGACCUGAUCCCGCUCGCACACCUGCGCUACCUCUACCUGCAGAACAACAGCAUCUCGGCGGUGGAGCCGGGCUCGUUCCGGAAGCAGGCCCGGCUGCUGGAGCUGGCGCUGAACGGCAACAGGAUCCACCUGGUGACGGCCGACACCUUCCGCGGCCUCGAGCACCUGCGCGUCCUCUACCUGGCGGGGAACGACAUCACGCGCCUGCCGGACUUCACCUUCCGCGGUCUGCAGCGCCUGCAGGAGCUCCACCUGCAGCGCAACAGCCUGGAGGUCCUGGCCGAGCAGGCCCUGGCCGGCCUGACGUCGCUGGCUCUGCUGGACCUGAGCUGGAACCACCUCCACACCGUCGGAGCCGCCGCGCUGCGGCCGCUGGUCAGCCUGCAGGUGCUCCGCAUCACGGAGAACCCGUGGCGCUGCGACUGCGCCCUCCGCUGGCUGCGCGGCUGGAUGGACGAGGAGGGCCGGCGCCUGCUGAGUUCGUCCGAGCGGCGGCUGUCGUGCUCGGAGCCGCCGCGGCUGUCCCGCCUGAGCCUGCUGGAGGUCCCGCCCAACAGUCUGGUGUGCAUCCCCCCCCUGGUGCAGCUGGAGCCCCGCAGGAUGGCCGUGCGCCUCGGCGACAGCCUGCGCGUCUCCUGCCACGCCUCCGGAUACCCCAGACCGCAGGUGACGUGGCGGAAGGCGUCUUCCGGCGAGGUGUCGCCGGCGCCCAGAGGGCUGGUGCAGGACCUGGGCGGAGGGGCCCGAGGAGCGGGCGACGGCGCGCAGCCGUCCGAGGGCGACCGGGCGCACGUGCAGCAGAGCGCGGGCGACGGCGGCGGCCCUUCGCACUUUGACCCGGACACGGGCAGCGGGAUGCUUUUCCUCAGCAACGUGACGGUGGCGCACGCCGGCUUCUACGAGUGCGAGGCCUGGAACGCGGGCGGGGCGGCGCGGGUCACCUUCCAGCUGGCCAUCAACUCAUCCUCGUCCGUCUGGGCCGCCUGGGCGCCUCCUCGCUCGCCGGGGGAGCCCCGCCCGAGGAGCCCCGUCGGCGCGGCGGGCGUCGACGUGAGCCGGGAGCCGCUGUACGCCCUGGGCAGCAUGGCCUUCGGCGCGCUGGGCGCCGCCACGCAGACUGCCAUCGCGGCCGGCAUCUCGCUGCUGGCGCUGACCUCCCUGCUGUUGGUCGCCAUGAUCUACAGCCGACACGUGCAAGGCCACAAGGACCAGCGCGCCACGCACAAGGAGGAGAGCAUCCUGUACGUCAACGACUACUCGGACGGGCCGACGACGUUCGACCAGCUGGAGGAGUUCCGAGACGAGCGCGGCCACGAGAUGUUCGUCCUGAACCGCGCCAAACCCGUGCUGCCGCCGGCCCCGUCCGACGCGGGCAGCGGCCGCUCGGGCUCCUCGGCGGCCGCCAGUCCCGCGCCCCCCGCCGCCGAGGCGGACGGCGACGUUCGGACUGCGCGGAGAAUGGCGGGCGAGGGCGGGGAGGCGGAGCCCGUCAUGACGUCGGAGGGCGAGGGCGUGUUCGUCAACCACGCCGGCUUGUUCGCGGACUCUCAGAUGGCCUACGAGAUCCACUGCUGAACGUAACCCCCGGCCGCUGCGCUUUUAUCGGAACUCCUCGGACAGACGACGUCGACGCUUCUCGAGAGCCGCCCGAGGAGCUCUGCGGACUUUCUUCAUGUUCUGGCGCACGUGCUUCUUCGUACUCAUCUUCUUCGGAAAGCGGCCGAGACUUUGAGACAAAAACGGUGCCAAAAACCGCGAAAGACGCUCUGUUACUGUCGGAUGGCAAGACGGAGAAGAGUCCUGCCGGCUCGCGAGGCGCUCGCGUACGGAGGAAUAUUACGGCCACACUGGAAAGAAAAAGAAAAAGAGGCUAUCAGGAUAGAAGUCGGAGUCCUUCCGGGGGGGAGAAACAAUUAUAAGCCCAAGUUUUAGAUUGAUAUCUUGUUUAAGAAGUCCAAAUCUUUCAAUAAUGGGGGUUCCAAUUUUUUUUUUUUUUUGAAUGCAUAUUUUUCCAGAAAAUAUUUAAGAAAAAAAAUGCGUAUUUAUAGAGAAAAAAAAAUAAGGCAUUUUUUUGUGUCAUGUAGUUUUUCACAACAAAAAGGCAUUUUUGGCAAGUUGGAAUCUUACAAAACGUGUUAUUUGUUUGAGGGAAAACAAGUCAUAUCUUCAAAAAAAACGAUCUUAAGUUAAUAAUGUUAGGUAGAUUUGUAUUUUUGAGGGGGAAAAAAAAGAAGCUCUUUUUCAAAUUUGUUUUUUCAAGCAGCACGGUAGCACGUGUGGCUCACAGUUCUGAGGACCGGGGUUCAAAUCCCGGGCUUUUCUCCUCCCACAUCCUAAUUGACGACUCUAAAUCGAAUGGUUGUUUGUUUCUAUGUGCCCUGCGAUUGGCUGGCGACCAGUUGAGGGACUCGCCCGAAGAUAGAUGCAGCACGCCCGCAAACCGCGUGAGGAGACGCGGUACAGAAAAUAGAUGGAUGUUUUUUCAUUUCAUUUCUCCUCAAUGAAAAGAUGUUUUUGAAGAAAAAAUUGGAAAUCUUUCCAACACUAUCAUAGUUUUCCACAGUUAUUUGUUGUUUCCAAAAAGCAUUUGUUUUCUUGAUUAAAAUAUAUUUUCCCCAAAAUAGUCUUAAGAAUAAUGCCAGUUUCCCUUGAUGAAACCUCCCACCCCACAAAUGUCUGAAUCCUACGUGAAUAAAACCCCCCCUUUUUUUUUUUGCGAGUAAAUCCAUCUGAUCUACGCAAGCGGCACGAGCUACAUACUUUUCCAAAACGACAAUUCUUGUUAUAUUCCCCAUUUUUGGGGAUGAGCAGCUCAUCUAUUCUGUCCGAUUUUCUUUCCAGUGUGUCCGUAAUUGUCGUGCGUGUGCGCACGCGCAAGUCAUUUGAAGCUAAUGUGGUCGCAUGUAGCAGUCCUUGUGUCUCUCCAGUCUUGUUGUUGUUGUUGUUGUUUUCCUUCUUACAGGGGGGCGAGGGGGCCAACCAGUGGGUGGUGGGUGGGGAGGGGUCCUAAGGCAGUGAAAAGUUUAUUUUCGGUCUGAAACUAUGGAAACGUUUCUUAUCGUGAAACAAUUUGUGACGGCGCGGGUGGAGUAAAGUGUGACGAGCUCGUCAAUAAAACAAACUAUGUUGGUCGUGUGCUCGUUAACUCUCCGUCUCACACAAAAAUGACGACGACUCUCCCAAGGCCCAACGACAAUAGCAGCUCGUGGUCAUUUUCCAAGCGGUAACAUAACGCCUUGUCUCGCAGCCGUUUUAAGAGCAUUUUGACGGAUCUUCCAAGACGCACAGAAUAUUGUGUUCUGUCACAAUAUAAGCACCGAACCAACCACCGCGGGGGGGGAAAAAAAGGUUGUCUUAUUUCUUUUUGCGUCGUUCUUUAGCAAUCAGCAGCCGCACAUGGGAUAUACAAGUACGAAAUGCACCGUGAGCACGGCCGGAGCUGAACGCGGUGUCUUUUUUUUCCACGGCGUUCGCCGUUGGCGCCACCAACCGGGUCAUCUUUUCUCACAAAGGCGACGCACUCUUUCUCCAGUCUACCGGGACACAUACUCCGUUUACGUGGACGGGGCUCGAGACCGCCACCAAAACGACCUUUUUUUUACGACCUCGCGCGAUUAAAAAUUCCCUCUCCUCGCAUUUGCGGUCGUGCCUGUUUUAACGGUUGAGAGAGAGAGAAAAUGAUUGUUCUGAAUUCCAUUUGAGUGAAAAGCAACCCGCUGCAAUACGAUCGACUGCUUUCAGUGAGGGAGACGCGCUAUUCUCAACAGCCGCGUCGCGCACCGCAUUCGGGUGGCCACCGCGUACGGUGCCGUGAAAAAGUAUUGGGCCCCCCCUUCUCCAUUGCAUAGCUUCCCUACUUUAAUGUUGAAGAUCAUCAAACACAUGUAAAUAGCAGACAAAUACAACCCAAGUGAACUUAAAAUUCUGUUUUUAAAUGCUGAUUUCAUUUAUUAAGGGAAAAGGAAAACACUGAUGCAAUCGUUUUUCAAUGUAUGUCAAUCAUGGUUGGAGUAAUGCUGAAAAUGAAGUCGCUUUUCCCAGGGGAAGGGGACUUAGGAGCCCUCACGAGACGAGCUGGCCCCCCGGAGUCCAACAAAUGAUCAAAUAAAA